UCCUUUUCUUCAUUAAAGCGUUUCCUCUGCGGGGCUAAAGCACCACAGAGAAGGAAAGAGGCGGGAAGGAAGAGGAGGGAGGAGGAGAGCAGAGGAGUCGGACUUUGAGGCUUUCCAAGCAUCUGGAUCUCCACUGAGCCAGGAGGAAGGUUCGGAUGUAUGGGAAAGUGUCUGAAAACGCAAGAAAAGAAGGGAAAAAAGCCCGUGAAAGGAGGACCGGAGGACGAGAAAAGUUGGUGUUCGUGACGGCUGAGGAGGACGACGGGGACCAGAGCGGCAGGAAUGUUGCCGGUGAUCCUGACCGUUUACCUCAAUGACACCCAGCAGAUGCUAACCGAGGUCCCGGUUACUCCGGCAACCAGAGUGGUCGAUGUGGUCGAGUACUGCAAAGAGGCCGGGGAGGGCGAGUGUCACCUCGCCGAAGUAUGGAACGGCCACGAGCGCGUUCUCCCUCAGGAGUUACUGCUGCUGGACCUCCUUCAGCAGUGGGGGGCCAGGAGGCCGGAGGUCAGCUUCUACCUCAGACACUGCCCCUCCUGGACGCAAGGAAGUCAGCAGCCUUUGGAGCAGAGCUGGACCGCAGAGACAGCCGAGAGUGCUAAUGACGGGGUUCCCCGUGUGGAGCUGACCCUCUCAGAGCUCCAGGAAAUGGCCACGAGGCAACAGCAACAAAUAGAAGCUCAGCAGCAGAUGUUGGUCGCAAAAGAGCAGCGGCUGAGGUAUCUCCAGCAGGGAGGCAGGUCAAACCAGGGCCAGUCACAGUCCGAAGCCGAGAAGCUGCAGCGGCUGAAGGAGCGAGUGGACACUCAGGAGGCAAAGCUGAAGAAGAUCCGAGCCAUGAGAGGCCAGGUGGACUACAGCAAACUGAUCAACGGGAACCUCUCUGCAGAGAUCGACCAUGUGAGCAGCCUGUUCCAGGAGAAGCAGGCGGAGCUGCAGUCUGCAGUGAUCAGAGUAGACCAGUUGACUCAGCAGCUGGAUGAUUUGAGGAGAGGACGCCUUCAGCUGCACUCUGUCGCACCAGGUCAUGGAGGGGCGCACACAGGGUCCCAAGGCCCAACCGCUGGCCAUAAAGGCUCCCCUCUGUCCGGCCCUGCAGCCCUGGAGCUGAGGAAGCUCUACCAAGAGCUGCAGGCUCGUAACCGUCACAACCUAGAGCAGAGCAGCAAGUUGGCUCAGAACAAGGAGCUGCUGAACAAGAGGAACGCCCAGGUGACGGUGAUGGACCAGCGCAUCAGUGACCUGAGAGAGCGGCUGCAUAAGAAAAGAGCAGAAUUGAGCCGUAUGAACGGCGCGGCCCCGUCGUCGCCUCAGAACGCCUCCCACCCCGCCGGCGGGGUCUCUGGCCGGGUGGCCGCCGUCUGCCCCUACAUUCAGGUCCCUGCCGAGGGGAGGCAGGAGGCGGGGUACCCCCUGCCGGCCGACCCGCCACACAAACCCACCCCACUCAGCCACAUCCGCUCCCUCUCAGAGGAGGACAGGAGUGGCACCAGGAAGUCUCCCAACCAAUGGAAAGUGUCAGAUUUAGACGUCGUCCUGUCAGAGCCCCCCGAGGCGCCGGAGGGGCCUCGGUCCCCUCAGAGGGACGACAGUAACAGCACCAAUGAAGCGUCAUGGCCGAGCCUCAGUAAGAGCGUCCCGGACUGGAGGACCAACAGUCCAGAACAGCAGCAGCUUCCCUCUGGUUAUGGUACCUACCCCAGCGCCACCCACCAGACAGCGGGGCACCACUCCGCCACCAGCUCGCUUCCCCGCUCGGCGCCCGGUACUCUGGGCUGGCCUCGAUCCAGUGCCGCCAAUCCUCCGUCCUCUUCCUCCUCUUCCGCAGCGUCCGUCUCUUCACAGCAAAUACAGCAGCGUAUUUCUGUCCCUCCCAGUUCUGGCCAAGGUUCUUCCAGCGCCUCGCAGGCCUCUCCACUGUCCCCACAAACCGAGCGCUCCGAUCACCCCCCCGCGGUGGCCGUGCGCCCCUACGUCCCCGACCACCCCUCCAGGCCACAGUCCCCCAGGAAGGGCCCCGCCACCAUGAACAGCAGCUCCAUCUACAGCAUGUACCUCCAGCAGCCUCAGGCCAAGAACUACGGCUCCCUCAGCAACAGGACGGCUGUGAAAGCAGUCUACGGUAAACCCAUCCUCCCCACCUCCUCCGCUUCUCCGUCCCCAGUCCCUUUCCUCCAAGGAGGAGGAGGAGGAGGGAAAGCAGCAGGGGAGGAUGCUCCAGAUAAAGAUGGAGGGAGAGGAGGUGGAGGAGAGAGCACCGACUCACAGAUCCUCCCCCCACCCAGCGUGGACAACAUCCCCCGCCCUCUAAGCCCCACCAAGCUCACCCCUGUUGCUCACUCCCAGCUGCGGUACCAGAGCGAUGCGGACCUCGAGGUCCUCCGAAGACGCCUCAGCAACGCUCCGCGGCCCCUGAAGAAACGCAGCUCCAUCACUGAACCCGAGGGGCCUCAGGGGCCAAACAUCCAGAAACUACUGUACCAGAGAUUCAACACGCUGGCGGGAGGCAUGGAGGGAGGCUCAGGUAGCACUUUCUACCAGCCAGACUGCCUCCUGGGAGACAUGGACAACAUCCACUCUGCCAACGGGAACCUAGAGUCUGGUGACAAGCUCGUCAGUGCGACUGUCGUGGAGAGCGAAGGCCAGAACCUCAACUCGGACCCCCGCCGCUCGUCACCACCUCACGCUGCGGCGGAGACGCCCAAAGAGAAGACGGCGGCGGUGAAGACGGUCAGCAGCGCGUCCCAGCCGGCCCAGCCCAGCCCUUCGCCCGCCCCCAGCAGGCCCGAGGACCAGAACAACAACAACCAGAAGGGCUCCAGUCCCACGCCCGUCUCAGGGGGCCACACCUCCCCAGCUCCGUCGCCUCCUGCCCCGCCCUCACUGCCCAAAGUGAAGCGAACCAACCUGAAAAAGCCGGCAUCCGAGCGGACAGGCCACGGCCUGAGAGUGAAGUUUAACCCUCUGGCUCUGCUGCUGGACGCCUCCCUGGAGGGAGAGUUCGACUUGGUGCAGAGAAUCAUCUAUGAGGUGGAGAACCCCAGCAUGCCCAACGACGAAGGCAUAACUCCUCUCCACAACGCCGUGUGCGCCGGCCAUCACCACAUCGUCAAGUUCCUCCUGGACUUCGGAGUGAACGUGAACGCGGCCGACAGUGACGGAUGGACACCGCUGCACUGCGCAGCUUCCUGUAACAGCGUCCACCUCUGUAAGAUGCUGGUGGAGUCGGGGGCGGCCAUUUUCGCCACGACAAUCAGCGACGUGGAAACGGCAGCAGACAAAUGUGAAGAAAUGGAGGAGGGCUACACGCAGUGUUCGCAGUUCCUCUACGGUGUGCAGGAGAAGCUGGGCGUGAUGAACAAAGGCCUGGUGUACACGCUGUGGGACUACACCGCCCAGCAGGCCGACGAGCUGUCCUUCAGCGAGGGCGACGCCCUCACCGUGCUGCGCCGCCGCGACGACACUGAGACGGAGUGGUGGUGGGCUCGGCUGAACGACCGCGAGGGAUACGUCCCCAGGAACCUGCUCGGGCUGUAUCCAAGGAUCAAACCCAGACAACGCUCUCUGGCAUAAAGCCCAGAGCAGAGCCACAUGCACGCUCACCGAGGACCCAUGCACACUGCAAGAAGAAAAGGGGGAGGAAGAGGAAGAAAAGGGUGGAGGCUGAGAGAAAGGAGGAGGAGGAUGAGAGGAGCAACAGUAGAGCCACUAUUUACCCUUUGUUUGGUCAGAGUUGAGUCACUUUCUGGUUGAAGCAGAGUCUGUUUUCACAGAUUUGCUGCGGUGGCAAAUGAAACAAGUCUGGAUCUUCUUCUUCUAAGCGAUCAUAGCUUGGCAACUUUACAAGAGCUCAGCAGCAUGAGAGAUGCUCAAUAAAAGAAGAGAGAAAAAAAAGAGUAUUAAAAGUUAAAAGUCAUUUGGCCGCAGCUUUAAGAUCCACCCAGCUUAGAGCAUUGAAACAUGAGCUUAGAGUUAUAACAUUCAGUCUGUCGGAUCUUCUCAGCUUUAAAUGUCACUUUAUUUUUAUACGGUGUUAAUGAGAAAAAAACAAAAAAAAAAAAACAGGUUACAACACUCAGUUUA